AUGAAGACGCAAUUGACUCCCAACAGCGUGAAGAGGCUUCGGAGGGAGCGCCGCGGAUUUGGGGCGACUUUCUUGAUUCCUUCGGCGAGCCAAAGGCCUUGGUCGCUGCCGGUUGGGUAUCAAUGCGUCUACGAGUCCUAUUUUCGUGACGAUAUGAAGCUUUGGUUCCCAAUUCCCCGACUAGUUACGGCAUACACGAGGCACCGAGAUGCAGCGAUAAGUCAAUUUUUGAAUGGUUCGUGGCGUAUUACAGUUGCUUUGAUGGUUAUGGCUGCUGAGAUCGAUACCUCGCUGAGCGUUCGUACCUUUGAAGAAUUGACGUCCGUCAGUUCGUUGGAGGAUGGCCUUCUAUCGAUAAAAAUGCGGCCAAGCUACAACGUGAUAGGGGGCAUCCUAAUAAGACGCUCGAUUGGCAGAGCCGACCAUCCGACUUCUCGUGAAUACCCGGAAGAGUUUCUUGCCAACGCUCGUGCUAUCGCGAGACUCGCUCAAGAGCAUUGGGGGAAUAUUUCUUGGGAGAGGGUUCACCGUUCGAUCGACCGUAUUUCCAGGAGGGAAUGGGAUUCGAGUUACCUUCCGUCGGUUAACAAGACCAAGAGACGUAUUUCGCUGUUCACCGGUGAAGAGCAGAAGAAGAUCAACGCAGCAAGGAAGAUGACGGGCCUUCCGUACCUGAGCGCUAUGAUGGCGGGAGAGCUUGGCUUGUCGCAUGCCGAGCCGUUGGUGCCUCCCAACGAGUUGGCGACUGAUGACGUGAACCUCGCGAGUUCUGACCAUCGCGAGUCCUCGCUUGGUGUUGUUGCCGCUGCUCCUAAGAAGAAAAAGAGCAAGAAGAGAGCCCAUGACGAGCCGCCUGUCAAUGAUGAUCGCGAGACUCUUCCAAAGGGAGGCGAUCGUUCGGAGGGUGCAGAGCCGUCGACUAAGAAGAGAAGGAAGAAGAAGCGAAAUCUUUGGAGGAUAGCAUCACGGUGUGAUGGGGUUUCGAACUUCGUCAUCGAGAAAUAUGACUCUGCGCUGAAGGAAGCGCUUGCUGAGUCAGAGAAGCUGAAGAAGACGGUGGUGAGUAAGAGCAGACUCCUCCGUCGAAGGAAGGCGGACUGGCAGGAGGAGUUCGAGAGGAUGGCUGAGAAGAGGGAUUGCGCGGUUGCUCGGAGGAAAGCUCAGAAGAAGAGAGCCGACGCAGCUGAAGAGGAGCUUUCCGUUGUUCGUUCUACCAUCGAGGCUCUGGAGCUGCACAAGGCCAAUCUUAUGGAGGAGAUAGGAGCCAAGGCCGUGGAGCACAAGAAAGAACUGGACCGCCUUAGGGAUUCGCGGAUUUACGAGGUCACGAAGGAAAGGGUGAGGGUCGAGACCGAGAUGAUUGCAAAGUCCAACAAGCAUUUCGGGAAUCUGCGCGAGUGGUGA